AUGAACUUUAGUCCCGACGAAGAAGAGAGGUUCAAAGAGAUGCUAAAGUCUGACAAGAAAGAAGAGUUACUGGUAGAGCUUUCCAAAGAGAUUGAGAAAAAGGAAAAAGAGAUGAUGAAGAGCAUUUCUCGGGACUACAUGAACAUAAUUAACAAAUGCAGUGACUUGGAGAAGGUCAAGCAAAAGCUGCCAGAAAUUGUAAACAUAAAUAAUGAACUGCUUUGCUCUGUUUCUGAUGCUGUUAUACAGCACGCAAAUAUUCUCCAUGAUAUUGAGGAGAACUCCAUAGUGGAGUCCCGUCUCAACCUGGUUGUAUCUGAGAUGAAGGAGAUUCUCGGCUUCAUCAAUAUUGCAUUUGAAUACGAGAAAACAGACAAGGAGGACCGGGAGGAUCCGCUAUACUACUACAAGAUGGCAAAGAACGUGCUAGAAAUGGAAAAGAAACUAUGUAUGUUCGAGAAAUACAGGUUCUUUGUGAAUGUAAACCAGAUAUGCAUCAGGUCGAGAAAGUUACUUGCAGACUUGAUGAUAAAGGACAUUGACCUAUGGAUGAAGAGUGCUUCCAACAAUAUCCGACAGGUGGGAAUGGAAAUAAACGAAAUGUUCUGGAAGGAUAAGGAAAAGUCCUACAUAUUUGACCCUCUUGGCUCUUUAAGACAUCAGUUUAUAUCCAAGAGUUUUCUAUGCAUUCUUCACGAGUCGAAAAGGCUAGGAAUUGGGUCGAAGGUGGUAGAGAGAGUCAAUGAGAAGAGAAAAGUGUUUGGAGAGAGGAUUGGAGAAGUGAACAGUCCCCUGAUGAUUUCCGAUGCAGCAGGGUUUAUUCUGUGGAGCCACUAUCUUUCAGCUCUGGAUUCAGACUUUAAGAUGCACAACCAGCUUGUAAUUGGGAUUCUGUCAAAAAGCAAAGUGCUUCAUGAAAGCCAAAACUUUUCUCAAGUAAGGAAAAUGCUAAUUACUCUCCGAAAGCUUACAGUCCAUCUUGGAAUCGACUACGAGAAUGUAGAUAGAAUCAUAAGCUCUGUGGCGAUUGGCUACUUUGAAACGCAAGGGCCUAAGGAUGUGGAUCUUGAAAGCAACGGGGUGGACCAACUGAAGCUUUCGAUGACAGGCUUUAUUGACGAGUGUAAUGACUUUGUGUCUAACAUAUUCCAGUUUUCAAAUGAACUUGAUGAGCUUCUCGCAAAGAAGAUAGACCAGUAUCUAUGCAAACUUCUCGACGAAGGAAAGGACAACAUGGACCUAUUUUUAGAUGGACAGUCAGCUGCCAGAGAUGUUUUAAGACAUGCCAUUGAAAAGAACGACUUCUAUAGAAAUGUGGAGUUCAACUGUAUGUCGGAGAUAGACAAGGGAAACAAGAGAUUUAUGGAGGAAGUGAUAAAACAGAGGGAAAAAGAGAUCGACAAGCUCUUUGGAACAGUUACCAAGAGUGGAGAUUUCGGAGUCGAUCUCCUUAAGUUGUUUUCAAGAGUCAGGGAGCUGCGAUUUCCUGAAGAUGUAAAUGCAGAAAUAAAAAGAACACUGGUGGUCUACAUUAGGGACAGAUUUACAGACACGAUGAAGGACAAGAGCUUAGCUUCACAGAAGAGAAGGAUUGUUGAAGGGCAUCUCUGUAGCUUCUACGGGUAUCUCCGAAACAACGAGCCAUCUUUUCAAAGUAUACUUGAGCCGUCUGUGGAGCGUGGGAAGUCGUGA